UUGAUUAUGUUGAUUAUGAUUUCGAAUAUUGUUUCGGUAGUGAACGACUUGAUAAUGCGGAGAAUCGUGAGGCUGGAAAUCAUUAUUGGUUUGUUGAGGCACGAAACUAUAAUAUUGGGAACUAUAAUUAUUUCGAAUUCGGUGAUUAUAGAGUUGAUUAUGUUGAUUAUGUUGAGUAUGAAGUUGAUAAGAUGAAGGAUUAUGAACAAGAUGAGGCUGGAAAUUAUAAUGAACGACUUGAUAAUGCGGAGAAUCAUAAGCAAGAUGAGGCUAGAAACCGUAAUUGUUUUGUUGAGGCUCAAACUAUAAGGCUGGGAACC